GGAAAAGGCAGAGAGAGAGAGCCCAGCCCUUGAAUGCACGGCAACAACAAGCCGACACACAGAGAGGGAGAGACUAAGAGAGACCGGCCGUUUAGUUUUUUUUUAUUUUGUGGAGGGGCGCGCAGGGACCCUUCGACGCUGCGGACAUGAACUGAAACAGGCGCUCUGGAAGAGGCAGGGAUCGUGUUCCAGUAUCCCCCAACAUUCAGUGUUUCAAGGUGGAAAAACGACCCUAACCCCCCACCUCCCCAGAAAAGCCCUCCUCUCUCCCUGACAGGUCUUAUUCAGACAGUGCUACACCCAAAAGCCCCGACAGACCCCCUCCUGCUGCUGCUCCACCCCUCCGCCGCCGCACCGCUCCGGCAACCGAGAUGCACACGGAGACCCGUCACAAGAAAUGCCAGUCGACUCCAAAGCAGAGGAAAAGUGCUGUCAGUGGCCGGAAGAAGCAGAGGAGCCCGGCCAAGCAGAGCGCCCUGACCCAGCAGCCUUCGCCGCCGCCGCCGCCGCCGCCGCCCCCUGCAGUCCAACGAGAGGAGGAGGAGGAGGAGAAAGAGAAGCCGGCCACCGGGCCUCGGCCGCCGCACGGGAGGGAGGAGGAAUCAGCCGAGGAGGAGCCCAAGGAAGUGGAGACACAAACUAUUGGGGUGACGGAAGAAGAAAAGAAAGGAGAGGAGGCGGAGGAAAGCGAGAGAGACAUGCCCUCUGUACAGAUCAAACCAGAGCCGGAGGAGAUGGAGUGCACGCAGGCAGAUGUAGGUGAUGACUGCACACAGCCAACGGACCUGAAGGUGAAGUCAGAAUGCAAGACAGAACCCUGUUCGCCUCAGGCGAGCCCCGCCGAGGACCAGACCGAACCCGUGGACCUGUCGCUCAACAAACCCCGCUCCGCCUCCACGAUGAGCAUCACAGUCAACCCCUCGCCCAGCAGUAUGGUGAUGCAGCCCGGCCUUUCAGCCACACCCAUCCCCUCCACAGUACAAUCGAUAGGUUCCAUGGUCCUCUCCCCGGGGUCCAUCUUAGCGACGCAGGGUGCUGGCGGCCAGCAGAUUCUCCAUGUCAUCCACACAAUCCCUUCGGUCAGCAUGCCCAGCAAGGUCGGCCAGCUGCAGACCAUCCCUGUGGUGGUGCAGUCGCUGCCUGUUGUCUACACCACCAUGCCUACUGACGGCGUCGCCACGGCAGCCAUCACGGUGCCGCUCAUAGGCAGUGACGGACGCUCGGAAGGAUCUGUCCGGAUUAAGCCAGGUUCCACGUCUCCAGUGGAGUAUCAGAGCGACAGCGACGUAGAGAGCGGUACAGAGUCCGGAUCGGCCUCCCUCAGCACCCAAAGCCUGGAUGCAGGGUCAGUUAUGGACAUAGAGCCAGUUGAUCCCGAUUCGCUAGACCUCAAGAGGCGGCGGAUCCACAUGUGUGACUAUGAAGGCUGCAAAAAGGUUUACACCAAGAGCUCUCACCUAAAAGCGCACAGGAGGAUACACACAGGAGAGAAACCCUAUCAAUGCACCUGGGAGGGCUGCACCUGGCGCUUCGCCCGCUCCGACGAGCUCACCCGACAUUUCCGCAAGCACACAGGAAUCAAACCUUUCCGCUGCACUGAGUGUGAUCGUUCCUUCUCCCGGUCUGACCAUCUCUCUCUGCACCGCCGCCGCCAUGUGAUGAUGUGAACUCCCCCCCAGCACCUACAGCUCCCCUACAAAUCAAUCUCCGACCCCUUGAUUUGCUCACAACACAUCUUGUACCAGUGUCUCUCACCUCACAAACAUUUGCCACGUCCCGCUUCCCUGCUCACCCCUCCAGGAUUUUAAGGCCAAUCGGCAGAUGAAGAAGAGGAGGUCCCUUCCUCCUUCUAUUCAUCUCAAAAUCACAGGACAAAUGGGAACGUGUCUGUGCGUUUGUAUGCAUGCAUGGUGGCAGUAAUAAUCAUCAUCACCGUCCACCCAAGACCAGUCUUUCUCUCUAUGAUCUGAACUUGUUUCAUAGAUGGUGAUGUCACUUUCUCUGAAAAAGAGGAAAGGACUGAAGGACAUCCAGCACCAGGGACGUUCAUCCAUCCAUCAUCCAUCACAUGCAUCCAUCCAUUCAGCCAAGGGAGAGGAGGAAGAUGAGGGGACACAAAUAGGAAUGACAUGUCACUUUUAAUCUCAACUUCGACAUCACUUCAGCUGCUUUUUUCUUUUUUUUUUUUUUUUUACAGUUUAAAUUCUUUACAUCUCCAAAGUUAAGAAGAAGUUGUGACUUCUUAAUGGAGACGAAGGUCACUCCCGAGGAGACCUCUUUUACUAGCCCUUUUAUACAACAAAAACAUUUGCAGGAGCCCAGCAGCCCUUUCAGGAACUCAUAAACCUGACACUGCUUUCUAAUCUCAUUCUAUGCGACUAAGGAUAUGUGUCAAAAUUAGCAAAAUUAGCAGAUAGUCUAAAACAAAAUGUGAACCUAUUUAAGAAAUGCACAAGAAAAAAGGGAUUUUGAAGGCUGGCAGACCCUGGGUUGGGAGAACUGCGUGAGAUCGCUGGCUCUGUCUUACAAAUGAAUGCUCCCAGGCUGUGCACGUUUCCACAGGUAUUCAACCAAUCAGAAGACAUUUGAAGACACUUCACAAAGACAAUGCUAACUAACCCCUGCCUGUGGUGUCGGCAAUAACGAUGUUGGGGUGAUGCUGGGUGCAAAGCUACCUAACAGCUACCAAAGAUUACGAUGCUGUAAAUGAUCAGCGUCGACCAUUUUAAGUAUGACCACAAAUAAAGUCCCUGUGUGUCUACUGGUUACAUGUUGGUACCAGAACAAGGCAACCUCUGACCUGAAGUCCUCCUAUAAAACACACUCCUAUCAAGGGUUUUUCUUUCCAAGGUCUAUAGCGUCUGCUGUGGGUAUCUAUGAAUAAAAAUAAACAGCUAUUCUCUUGUCAAAAAUGGUUGAAAUUAUACUUUUCAGCUCCUUUGAAUCAAGACCACAGCUUAACAUUUGUUCUUGUUUAGUUCCUAUCGAUUUCUUAACAGUGAGCUUCGAAAGCAGUGAUGAUGAAAAGGGUAAAAAGGCAAGGGGCCUCCUGUUGUUCCUUGAACCCGGCACCCUUUGCGAAGGAGUCCAAAAUAGCAAACAUUUGGACUAAGUAUGUACUUAACAUAUCUGUAUGUGUGCAUGCAUGCAGUGAAUUUAUGGACACGCGGCUGAAGUGACGUCAGAUAAAACCUCCUCUCCCCGUCCCCUGGUACACGGAACUACAAGACUGUGAACUUUAUAAAGACUCAUUUGUUUUCAGUGUAUCAGUCCCAUUGUUGUAUUUCCCCCCCUGAAUACACAUAUUUUUCGAUUCUUCUUCAAUAACAGUAUUUGCUUUGUAUGCGUUGUCGUUGAUGUUUUACAAAAAAAACAAACAAACAAAAAAAUGCUUUUAGUUCAUAUUUUUCCUUGCCACUCUGAUGGAAUGGCAUCUUAAAAAGAAAUUAAUUCAAAUAGUUUUGUUGUUUUCUGAGGCUGUGAAGGCGAUGAAAAAAGAAACUAGUGUGAGACGUGAAGCGGAAGCUCUCGCGGGGGGAACGGGGGGAGCUUUUCUGAGUGUGUGUUAUCUGCGUGACGUGUGUGUGUUUGUGGAUGAGUGCACGUUUUGAGACAAAACACAUAAUCAGAGUAGAAGAUUUUUAUGAGUGCGUGUUCCGGGCACCUGCUGUUAUGUUACCUCUUGCCCGUUGAGCCUUAAUAACCGAAGUCAAUCUGUAAGGGCGAAACCAGAACCCCUGAGAGACGACAAAACCUAGCUGAGUCCAUGUCAACAAGUGCCCGAUCCGAAAAUCCCCAUAUAAAAGGUGCUUUUAAAGAAACAUUUCACAUUUCAGUCCCAGUCUCUCAGCCUGUUUGCGGCAAGGCAGGAGAUCUCAUUUCUAUC